AUGCCCCGAUCAUUCCUGGUCAAGAGUAAGAGGCCUCAUGUGGUCAGUCUGUGGAGGAGAGCCUCAGAGGAGAAAAGCCCACCGCAUCAUGGGGAUUCUUCACUUUGUCCUGCUGUGCCUUCACCUUCACUGUUCGUCAUGAGCACCGAGGCCACUGUGGAGAACGCAGAGCAGAGAGUGUGUGUGGACAGGAGCUCAGAGAGGGAGAAGCAGCUGGAGCGCCUGGUCUUUCUGCUCCUGAGUCGCACCGCUCACACCCAAGCCCAGGUCCCAGCCGCCAACUGCCCGCUCUGUGAAAAGUCUAUUUCAGACAUGCUGAUGUCAGCCGGGGGUCUCCAGGAUCACUUCAACAGUGUGAGUGCUGCUAGGUCUCUGUCCCCCACAGACCCCUUCUCCUACAGCGUGUUAGAGAGAUACAGCAAAGCAAAGGAGCGUAACUUUGGCUGUAAAGUGUGUGGGAAAGUGUUCAAGCGCUCGUCCACUCUGUCCACACACCUGCUGAUCCACUCGGACACGCGGCCGUACCCCUGUCAGUACUGCGGCAAGAGGUUCCACCAGAAGUCAGACAUGAAGAAACACACCUUCAUCCACACAGGUGAGAAACCACAUGUGUGUAAAGUGUGCGGUAAAGGAUUCAGCCAGAGUUCUAACCUCAUCACCCACAGCCGCAAGCACAGCACCUACAGGCCCUUCCACUGCCCCCAAUGCGAGCUCAGCUUCCAGCGCAGAGUGGACCUACAGCGCCACCAGGAGAUGCCCUGUGUGUACAACACAUACACAGGCCAAACUAGGACAGUUGCUUCACUCAAAAGUAUGAAGUAG